GCACUGGCAAAGAACCAAACAUUUCGCUGCCUUGUUCGUGUUCGGUUUAUUGCAGCGCAAUUAAAUAAGAUACGUUUGUUGUGGCCAGUGCUUGCAGUGCAUUGCCACCCACAUUCACCGCGAUGUCACAGGUUUAUCUGCUGCCGGUGGCCACAUUCCUGAUCUUCCAGGUGACCUUUAUCGGCACAUACAUUUUCGCCGUGCUGGAGGGUCAUGUGGUGCCCACGGUGCCCUACAUCAGCGAUGCAGCCACAUACUCGCCCGAGAGCUGCGUGUUCGGACAGCUCAUCAACAUUGGCAGCGUGCUGUUGGGCAUCACCAUCUAUGUGCGCUACCGCCAGGUGCUGCAGCUGUACGAGCAUCAUCCCGACCUGGACGCCUCGGUGCUGCGCCAGAAUCGCCUUGCCCUGUGGUUCGGCUUGAUCUCCUGCCUGGGCAUCAGCUUCGUGGGCAACUUCCAGGAGACGAACGUGCGGAUUGUGCACUUCAUUGGCGCCUUCUGUUGCUUCGGCUGCGGCACCUUGUACUUCUGGAUGCAGGCGCUCAUCUCGUACCUGAUCUUCCCCAUGUCGGGCACUCGCAUUUACGCCCACCUGCGCCUGGCCAUGUCGGUGGUCUGCACCAUCCUGUUCAUCCUGCUGGCGGUCACCGGCGUGAUGUCGCACAUCCUGUUCAAGGGCCAGAAUCCGCGGAAGUGGUAUCCCUCGGACGGCGGCUGGUACUUCCACGUGGUCAGCUCGAUCUCGGAGUGGAUAAUUGCCACCAUUUUCAGCUUCUUCAUCCUCUCCUUCACGCAGGAGUUCCGCGACGUGUCCUUGUCGCAUCCACCCAUCGCCCUGAUGUCCUAUGCGACCACCAUCUAGAGUUAAGCCAGCUUGUGUUGUAGAGAUCUAGAGAUCUUCGGCUGGACUAGCCAGCGAUUCCUCUGCCAGCUUCAACAUUUUAUGUUCAAUCCCAGGUGGCAAGAGCAGGGGUCACGAACGUAGGAUGCGCUUGCUCGGGAUUGGGCACUGCUACCUCUCUCCGACUGCCUUCCCUCUCUGUUUGGUGCUCCUUCUCUGUCGGAUUGCUGUGAUAUGUGCAAAGUGUUUCCCAAAGAUUGGGUAGAUCGGUGGUCCCAUACGGUAGACAGCUGCUUGAUUGAGGAGUUAUAUUUAUUGUUUACCCGAGUUCGUUUUUACAAUAUAUAUUAGAAUUACUAAAUCGAACUAAUCGGUAGAAAUAUUCUGUAAAUCUGUAAAAUACAAAGCAAUUGAAAUGAAAA